AUGGGCAAGUUUAAUAAGAAAUUAAAUAAAAAGAACAAGCCAUUACAGCUGGAAAUUGUUCCAAAAGACAAGGAAGUGGAAGUGCAGUUACCAGAGUCAAGAAAAUCAGAUGCUGUAAUCCCAAAAAAGGAUAAAUGGAUCAACAGACAGCGAGUAUUGGUUCUUUGCGGACGUGGUAUUAAUCAUCGUGAUCGUCAUUUAAUGAAGGAUUUAAAGACAAUUAUGCCACAUCAUAGAGAUGAACCGAAAUUAGAGCGCUGGAAGACAUUGUCUAUUAUCAAUGAACUUGGUGAGAUGAAGCACUGCAAUAAGGCAAUGUAUUUCGAAGGACGUCACAAACAGGAUCUUUAUAUGUGGUUGUCAAGCAUUAAUGAUGGUCCAUCAGCAAAGUUUUUGGUCGAAAAUGUCAGUACAAUGGGUGAAUUAAAAUUGACAGGAAAUUGCUUGAAAGGAGCACGUCCGUUGCUGUCAUAUGAUGAAAAUUUCUCAAAAAUUCCUCAUCUUAUGCUUCUUCGUGAAUUGUUGACACAAAUUUUUGGUGUUCCAAAUCAUCACCCAAAAUCUCAGCCAUUUGUUGAUCGUGUCUAUACAUUUACAUUCUUGGAUAAUCGAAUUUGGUUCCGAAACUAUCAAAUUUUAGCUGAAGAUGGUGCAUUAUCAGAAAUCGGACCAAGAUUUGUUAUGAAUCCAGUUAAGAUCUUUGCUGAAUCAUUCACUGGCGAGCCUUUAUGGGAAAAUCCAGACUAUGUAUCUCCAGCAAAGCACCGUAAAAUGAUCAAAUUAUCGGCUAAAGAUAAAUAUGUCAAUAGAACAGAUUCAAAAUCACGUUAUGAUGCAACAAUGCCUACAGAAGCAUUUAAUAUCGAUAAAAUUGGACGUGAAGUUUUUGCUAAUGACGAUGAGGAGGAAGUAGCACGUAAGAUAAUUGAAAGAGAAGAAAAUAUGGAAGCAGAUGAGAGCGUAGACGAAGAAGAACUUCAAGCUAAACGCGAGAAAUCUGAUAUUGCAAGAGUUAAGAAAUUAAUUGAAAAAUUAAAACCUGGUGGAGAAGGCAAGAAGUUAGUAAAACCUAAAAAGCAAGCUGUAAAUCCAAUAUCUGGCAAGCUUCAACAACGAGGAAUAACUAAACGAUCCAAAAUGAUCCAGAAUAUUGCAAAAACAAAGAAACUUAGCACAAAGUUCAAGUCAAAAUCCAAGAAGAAGGCUUCUGCUGAGUAA